UAUUUAUAUAAAAGAAAAAAAAAUUAACAAAAUCUAAAAUUCUAAUAUUUCUUGAGUAGGUGCUGUGCAACAUCGCAAAGAGGCAAAACAGUGUUGAGAAAUACGCAAAGUGGCCCGAAGUCGUUUUCCCACAGCUGUGCGAUUUAUCUGUCCCUGGAAAAUCGCUCGUUUUGCAUUUUGUGUUUCUGUCUCUCGUUCCCGUUCCUGCUGAUAAAAAGGAUUCAACCACCUUAACCACAACUAAAAAGCAGCACUAUGUCCAGUAGCGAGGCGCCUGACGCGCUGGUGGAGCAAGUGGUUGAGGUGACUGCCUGCUCGGCGGACGAAGCUAGGCAUUAUCUGGGUGCCUGCGCCAACGAUGUGGCCGCCGCCGUUGCUCUUUUCUUCGAGCAGGCUGCAUCCACAUCUGGCGCUGCACCAGCUGCCCCCUCGCUUCCCUUACUCGACGACGAGACGGAGGUGAGGGCGCCCAUUGCCCCAGUGCGCGAGCAACUGAUCAUGCCUGAGGACGAUAACUUCUUCGCGUCGGGCAGUAGCAGCCGCCUGUCGCGCGUAUCGCAGAGGGUAAAGGUGUGCCCGCUUAGGGACUUUGCCCGUGAAGGGGCCCUGAUGGAGGAACAACUACAGGCUACUGGUGUCUACUCGGAUCCGAGCGCCCAUCGACGGCGUCGAGAGCGCUCUGCACAGAUGGUUGUGGCCGGGCAGGCUAUUGCCCUUAACAAUCGCUCCACAGCCGGCUCUACCAGCACAGCUCGUCUCGGAGACCUGUUCCGCCCGCCUACAGACAUCACUUACUCCGGAACACUGACUGCUGCUCGGGAAUUUGCCACCAAGAGGCAACGCUGGUUGCUAGUUAACGUCCAAAGCGACAAUUUCCAAUCUCAGACCAUGAACCGAGAUGUGUGGUCCGACAAGGAAUUAAAGAAACUGGUGCGCCGCCAGUUUACUUUCUGGCAAGUGGACAACGACACUUCCGAGGGCAGGCGCUUUGUUGCUUUCUACCGAUGUGCCACGCUUCCCUAUCUGUGCGUGAUCGAUCCCCGCACUGGCGAGGAGGUGUGGCGUAGUCCACAACCAAAUCAGGAGAAUGUUCUGCCCGAUUUGCGUCAGUUCUUAAAGGAGCAUCGCGAUUUCAUAGAGGAGGACGCUCCCAGCACCUCUAAGCGGGGCGCCAUUCAAAUUGAUGAUUCACAGGAUGGCGACACAGAGGCAUCCUGUUCCUCAACAGCCAGCACUCCUAAAAAGAGAGCAAAGCUCCUGGAACUAACGGAGGAGGAGCAACUGGAGCUGGCCAUUAAGAAUUCCAUGAACGAGAACGGAGGAGGCUCUAAGCCAGGUAGCCAGGUGGACGGAGCCAGCGACAACGAGAGUCUAGAAGAGUUUGAUGAUGAAGAGCUGAAGGGAGUAACCGCCGCUUCAUAUGAGAACCAGCUGGGAGAAGCCAAGGAUGAACUAACUGCUCUUAAACUACGCCUGCUUAACGCCGCCGGAUCGGAUGAAAUGGUUCAGCUGCGCUGGCCCUCAGAUACCAAGCUGGAGACUCUACGGCUCUACAUUCGUCAAACGCACAAGCACAUCCCCCAAAACGGCUACAAGCUCAUUUGCGCCUUUCCGCGAAAAACGCUCGAGACGGAGCACAAUAACAGCUCACUGAAAGAGCUCGGUCUGCAUCCUUCGGCCAACCUGCAUCUCACGCUGGACGAUUAAGCGCCAGCAAUACAUAUUCACCCACUACCCUCGUUGGUCUCAAUUCGUUGUCAAAAAAAGAAAAUAUAUGAUUGAGCAUAUUUAUUUACAAGUCUGUCUUUCGUCUCCGUCAACUUGAUGGCGGGAUUGUCGCCGCCGAAGAGGAAACUCCCUAUUAAUUAACACUCUGUCUUAAAUUUAAGUGAACGCGUAUUGAAUAAAGUUUAGAAAUGCUAAUGCCUACCGAAA